GUAAAAAGUGUCGAGCUGUUUCAGUGUAUUUAAUUGGUGACAAGCAGACACGUGUACAUUAGACACUUGGCCUCGGCCUUUGUAUYUUGAAAUUCGUUCUCUUCAACGCUCGUGAUUCAUCCUGCUCAUUCCCCGACGAGAAACAACUGUCCCCGUAUCGCAGGAAUAGUUAGCCUUGACCCUCAAUCAUGGCUCACGCUCAAAAUGGCGAUGUAAAAACGAUCGACAGAAAUCUACCCGAUUUCUCUGAUCAACUCGCUUGGAAAAGAGUAUCGUACGGCGCACUCUUGACAAUAAUACUCGGCGUUCCAGGUGUGGUUAUCGGUGUUUUAGGCUUGCCAUGGUGGAUGUAUCCCUUGUGUUUCAUCGCUCUUCUUUUGCCACUGUUUGGGUCUUUUCUUGUCGUUUAUAACCGYCUUUGUGUUUGGGAACUCGGCACCGAGGGAUCGCGCGUCGCUCAAUAUCUAACAUUUCACGACGAAGCCUUAGCCAAGACUUAUUCCAAUCGUAAAAUCCCUAUGCACGUUCUGUAUGAAGCUUACGGGGACGGCAAGAUUGAUUUCAACAUGGAUCCCCUUCAAGCCAUGGAACAUAGAAAGGAAUUCGCAACGUUUGAACUAUCGAUGUAUCACCUCAAAUUUUUCCUGUUCAAUUUCAUGCCAGAAUUGUUGUCACACUCCAAGACCCAGGAUUGCGAACAAGUGCGGGAUCAUUACGACCGAGGYAACGAUUUCUAUGAAGCGUUCUUAGGACCCCUUAUGAUUUAUACGUCAGGAAUAGUCCUCGAUCCAAGUGAAACCCUGGAAGAAUUACAGCGAAAUAAACUCGGGAUUGUAUGUGACAAAGUCCAGAUGAAGGCCGGGGAUCGCCAUUUGGACAUUGGGUGCGGUUGGGGGACCCUAGUGAAUUACGCUGCAGAGCAUUGUGGAUCCAAUUCGACUGGUGUGACGAUAUCAAGYAAUCAGAUAGAAUGGGCAAAUAGAGUUGCUCAGCUGAAAGGUGUCAACUCUAGAGUGAAUUUUCUGUGCCUGGACUAUCGUGAUAUCCCUUACACCAAGUAUGACAAAAUAACUUGUCUAGAGAUGGCUGAGCAUGUAGGGAUCCGUCAUUUCCAGGCAUUUCUACGCCAAGUCAGCGACCUGCUAGAAGAUGAUGGUAUUUUCUUCCUUCAAAUUGCUGGAUUGCGAAGGGCGUGGCAGUGGGAAGACUUUAUAUGGGGAAUAUUUAUGGCCAAGUAUAUAUUUCCCGGUGCCGAUGCCAGUUGUCCUCUUGGUUGGUURACAACACAACUAGAGCAAGCUGGAUUUGAAGUCCAGGCAACAGAAAAGGUUGGUGUCCACUACUCGCAUACCAUUCAUCGCUGGUAUCAAAACUGGAUUCAGCCAGCAAACCAGAAGCGCAUGUUUGAUAAAUAUGGCCGUAUUGUACGUAUAUGGAAUAUAUUCCUAAGCUGGUCUACAAUUAUUGCUAGACAGGGAAAUUCAACUUGCACACAAAUAGUUUGCCAUAAAAACCUCAAUAAUUAUAACCGUUCAAGGUUUUUCAAGUUAAAAAAUAAGUAAAUUAGUUAGGUUUUUUGCUAUUUAGGUCCUCAGACUAAGGUUUAUUUACAGAUAUUGCUCAUAUACUUUUGCUAAUAAAGCAAAAGAUGAUUUUAUCAACUUAUGGCAAUCUAUGCCUCUUUGGUAUUUCACUGCCAAUAAUAAUUAUUGCUUUUUACAAAGUAAGCUUUAUACCUAAGGCCUAAUAUUUUAAUCUUGUACAAAAUACAAGAACCAUAUUGGUAAAGGGAUAAUUUCUAGGCAAACAAAACAUAACUUAUUGAUAAGUGAAAGCAGAAAUUAUCUGAAAUCCAAAACAUUUUAACUUUUAAGAAGGUUAAAAGAGAAAUAAUAAAACCAUUCUAAAUGAAAUCAAGCAAGAAAAUUAAAGUUAAGAUAGUUAAUUUUAUGAAGAUAAAUUUAUUUCAGUGAGAACUGUCAAGCAAGACAAGACAUUGAUUGUAGACAAACAAUACAUAAAUUAGCUUUCAUGUAGACAUUAUUUUUAUGUUUUUUGGGGAGUGUUUUGUAACCAGUGUGAUAUAUUUGUAACAUCUAGUUUYAGAAACAAUCAUAACAGUAUGUAUUUAUACUUUUAUAAUUGAAUCUACUGCAGGAUGUCAGGAACAUCAUAUUUAAUUAUCUUACAUGGGGUCCUUUGUGUUUUAUACGCUGCACGCUUUACAAAUAAAUUAGCAUYUUUAUCAAUUUUUCUUUUUUAGUAAAAAUGAGUUGUUGUGCCUUGCAAGAACUCAUUUAAUGGAUUUAUUCUUAUAGUAAGAAGAGCYAAUAAUUAAGUUUGUUUUGAAAUCUUUCAACCUUAAAGUAAAGUGAUUGAAUAUUAUUAAGUAGUUUUAUGCAGAAAAGAAAUGCAGUAGAAUAGAUUAAACAAAAGAAAAAUUUGUACAKAAAUCAAUUCAAAUUUGCAAGUUUCAUCUUGAUUUCUUUCUGCAGUUGUUAAAGUUGUGAUUUUGAGAUAUGUAAAUAAGAAUUUUCUAGUCACCUAAGGUAACACAGAAUAUGAAAAUUGCUUAAAUGUACAUACAACUUACAUCUCCCUGUAAUGUCAAACCUACAACUUGUAUCCAUAAAGAUGUCACUAUGUUUUAAWGUUUUAUUAAAUUGAGACAAACUAUGCAAAGAAAUAGUGAAAAACAAUCAAAUUGAAUUCUCUGUAGUUUACAUUUAUCUAAAAGUGUUUUUAUUUAUCUGUGAAAGAGAAAACUAGAAUCAUUCUGUUCAGUUUAGGUAGAUAAUUUUAGUUGAGGCACAAGUGAAGCCUUGUAGGUAUGGGGAAAAGGCAAUUUUAGAAAUGUAUAGAUAAAUACAAACACAGAGAGGAUAAUGUUAUCAGAUACAUUCUGAAUCAAGAUUAUUAAAUUAUAUUGCUUAACAAUUAUUUAGCAUAAAAAAGUUUUAAAUUAAUAGUGUUUAAGUUAAAUAGAAAGUUUAAUUUUAUUGAUGUUAAAUUAAGAAGUUUUAAUGGUAAUUCAAAUAUAUUUAAAUUUAUUCUAAAUAAUCCAAAAUUAACUUUGUUAAAAGUCUAAUUUAGUUUGCAAAUCAACCAAUACUAAUUUGGUGCUUGCCAUCUGCCUCUAAAAACAACAAAACUGAAAUGAUGCUUCACAGUUAGUUGUAAGGGUUAAUGCAUGCAAUAUGAACAAUAUCAUCAUACAAUAGUAAUAAUAUUGAACAGGUUUUGCAAUACAUGUUUAUGAGAGAUGUGUAAUUUGCAUCCUGUUGGGUAUAAGGUACCAUAUUCCAAUAGUGUUUAUAAGGUGGUAGGCACCAUACUGUUGAUGUACCUGGUCUACUUUGCACCUAGAGGGGGCAUAAGGCACCAUAUUCCGAUAGUGUUUAUAAGAGAGAUGUGCUAGGCACUAUAUUGUUACUGUUCCUGGUCUACUUUGCACCUAUUGAGGGCAUAAGGCACCAAUUUCCAGUAAUCAUACUGUGUAUAUUAUUUCAAAUUAUAUUUUUUUAGCAUGGUUUGAUCAACAUCACUGUUUUGUAUUAGGGUAUUUUAGGUUUUGUUUGAUUUAAUUUGAUACAUUUUUCACUAAUAGUUAAUUUCCAAUGAAGGGUUUUGUUGAAAAGAUUUGCUGAGAGUGCUAAUUAAACUAGACAGAAAACGUUCA